AUGACUAACCUGUUGAGCCCCUUCGCAACUCUGCUUCAAAUGGCCUGGCCUCCUAACCGCGAAGCAUCACGGCCGACAAACGGGACUAUUCACAUGUUUCCUGGCGCCACGCCGGACAGCCUGGAGCAGAUAGAGGAGUCAUCGUCCGGAGACGAGGAUAUCUAUCAAGACUCAGACAAUGAAACAGUACCAGAAACACAGGUAAACCGGGGUACGCUUAUGGAACGGAUUCCGGGGAUAUCAACGCUCCUCCGAACAGUCAUCAUUUGGUCUCAGCCCAGUCAAGCAAGCCGCGAACCAAGACCACAGUUCUAUAUCACUAGGCCUACCGGUACCAAAGUUCCUCUGAUACCUUUGGAUGAGCUACCUGCUGGCCUUAAGAUCGGUAGACAGAAUUGGUAUAGCCAUCUCUGGCCACGGCGAAUGACGCCCGUGUCAGAAUUCAGAGUCCGGCAUGCAGGAGAGUACGAAGUAACCAUCCGGAGCGGCACACAGUUCAAGCGCAAACGGUUUAGCGUAAGCAGGGGGCAGUCGGACAAACAAGAUGGCUCCGAGCCGCUUCUUGACUGUUGUACUUGUUCAACUGUCAAGAACCUUACGGAAGGCACCGAGGGUCUCUCUCGGUUUCAGGGCAACUGGAGGAAUCCUACGCAGUCACUCUUGUUGCCACAGAGAGGACAGAAUAACCAACGCUACGGGACAUUCUCUCCGCAGUCCUCAUUAAUAAUGGAUUUAUCUGAAGCCUCCAACGUUGAUUCCAAAGACACUGCAGCAGAAACGGGUGGAACUGGCUUCCAAAGUGGGCAGGGCCGGGAACCCCCCCGACAAGCAUUUGAUCUACUGCUGGAUGAUGCACCAUCAGACCUAAGUAGAAGCGUCCUGUGGGAGCUUGAUGGUACAGUGGUCCCUCGCAAUGAUCGACCUGAUGCACCGGCGGAUACAAACGCUAUACCGCAAAGCCGCUCAAAUUCGACAAGAUUUAUGAAUUAUCCUCUGUACCAGUUAAGUGAGAGGCUGCGGAUGUCUCGUAUUCAGGAGCCCGACGAGACGUUAGAUUGA